UCGAAAGUGUUGGGGAGCUCGACGACGCCAUUUUUGACGAUUUCGAAUCUCUUUCAUUCGCUGAGUUGUUGCAGGUAAAUCAGAGGAAGCUCGAAAGUGGAAGAAAGGUAACACGGAGAAAGGAAGAUUUGGGAAGAGCUCUUGAUAAGGUGAACAAUGGAUGCAAUUAGAAAGCAAGCUAGCAGGUUGAGAGAACAAGUUGCGAGACAGCAGCAGGCUGUCUUCAAGCAAUUUGGAGGAGGAGGAUAUGGCUCAGGAUUAUCUGAUGAAGCAGAACUCAAUCAGCAUCAGAAGCUAGAAAAGCUUUACAUAUCCACCCGUGCUGCCAAGCAUUAUCAAAGAGAUAUUGUUCGCGGUGUGGAAGGUUAUAUAGUCACAGGGUCAAAACAAGUUGAAAUAGGGACAAAACUGUCUGAGGAUAGCAGGAAAUAUGGUUCAGAUAAUACAUGUACAAAUGGUAACGUAUUAACAAGGGCUGCACUCAGCUAUGGGCGUGCUCGGGCACAAAUGGAGAAGGAGCGUGGAAACAUGUUGAAGGCUCUUGGUACACAGGUUGCUGAGCCACUACGAGCAAUGGUUUUGGGAGCUCCGUUGGAGGAUGCUAGACAUCUUGCUCAACGUUAUGACAGAAUGCGCCAAGAAGCCGAAGCUCAGGCUACAGAAGUUGCAAGACGUCAAGCAAAGGCAAGAGAGUCUCAAGGUAAUCCUGACAUCUUGAUGAAACUAGAAUCUGCUGAAGCAAAACUACAAGACUUAAAAUCAAAUAUGACAAUACUGGGGAAGGAAGCUGCUUCUGCUUUAGCUUCCGUUGAGGAUCAACAACAAAAGUUGACUCUUGAACGACUUCUUUCAAUGGUUGAAUCUGAACGUGCCUACCAUCAGAGAGUCCUUCAAAUACUUGAUCAACUUGAAGGAGAGAUGGUAUCUGAGAGGCAACGUAUAGAAGCUCCCUCUACUCCCUCAAGUGCAGACAGUAUGCCGCCACCUCCAUCAUAUGAGAGUAUGCCGCCACCCCCGUCAUAUGAGGAAGCUAAUGGGGUGUUUGCAUCUCAGAUGCAUGACACGUCAACAGAUAGCAUGGGUUAUUUCUUAGGAGAGGUCUUGUUCCCAUAUCAUGGUGUGACAGAUGUUGAACUGAGCUUAUCAACCGGUGAAUACGUUGUUGUUAGAAAGGUUACAGGCAGUGGAUGGGCAGAAGGUGAAUGCAAAGGCAAAGCCGGUUGGUUCCCUUACGAGUACAUUGAAAGACGGGAACGAGUUCUUGCUAGCAAAGUGUCUGAAGUUUUCUGAGAAUUCAAAGGUAACAUCAUGGUUCGUUGCUGUUGGUAAUGCAAUUGAGUUGCUUUUGUAGAAGAGUUGUGUGUUUUGUAGAAAGAAAAAGAAAGAGAAAAAAAGAUUCACCGGCUAAACAGAUUUCGCUUCAGGAUUGAACUAAUGUUCAUGAGGAUCGGAGUUGAUGUGGAUUUCUGCGAUUUUCUGAAUCUGAUAGCGAUGCACUUGAACAAGUGUUCUGUUCAAGUUUUAGGUCCCUCUCUUUGGCAUUGGAUGUAAAAGCCAAAUCUCUAUCUAUCUACGAUUCUUCAUAUGUGUAUACAGUUCUUUUUGGUUUUUAUUUGUGACCUUUUUUGUUCGAAAUUUACUUUCAUUUGAUAACCUGAAAAUGUUAUAAAGAAGUGAUUUUUUU